CAGACCACUAAUCAAGGAUGAUGGGUUGCAGGUGUGUUCCUCUUGUGCUCGCGUUGACAGUCACAUUCUGUUCUGAACGCGCCAGCACGAUGCCGCUCGCCUCUCUGGCCCCGACGCUUCUCCCGCUGUGCUUCCUGUCCACGCUGGUCACGACCCGGGGCCACACUUACCUGACCGAGCCGCUUUUUCUGUCCUUCUCCGACCUGGCCGCCCUCGACGGGGACUCCCCGCAGCGGCCCAACGCACCUCCCCUCGGGGGGGAUGCCACGACCAAGACCUUCGCGGUGAACUGUCACGAGGGCAGCGUGGAGGUCGUGUUGAACGCUCACCUGCUGGACCCGGGCGUGCCCGUGGAGCCCGCGCGCCUGAGGCUCGGGCCCGUCGGUGCCGCGCGGGAUCCCCGCUGCGCGGCCACGGUCGCUGGAAACGGGGACUACGUCAUCAGAGCGCCUCUGACGGAGUGCGGGGGGGAAGUGACGUUCAUCCACAGUGCGGUGCUUUACAACAACUUCCUGCAGUACUCUCCUCCUCCUCCUCCUCCUCCUCCCCCCACGUCCCCCGGGGACCAGUUGCAAGCGGAAGGAGUCGCAAUUCCGGUGGUGUGUGAAUACGAAAGGAGGUACCCAGUGAGUAGCCCGGCCCUGAAACCAACAUGGAUUCCCCCGAUCUCCGUCCAGUCAACCCAUCUGCUCGUGGGCUUCCACCUCCGGCUCAUGACAAACGACUGGAGCCGUGAGAGAAAGACCCCCGUUUACUUCCUGGGUGAAGCGGUGAAUGUGGAGGCCUCCGUGGACCACCAUCACCUUCCUCUGCGUCUGUAUGCGGACACCUGUGUGGCCACUCUGACCUCCGAUGUGAAUUCCCACCCCAGACACCCCUUCAUAGACCACCACGGAUGUUUUACAGACUCACAGCUGGACGGCUCGAGCUCCCGUUUCCUGCCCAGAGUCCAGGACGAACUCCUCCACAUUCAACUGGAACCAUUCCUCUUCCGCCAGGACCACAGGCACACUAUUUACAUAACGUGUUACCUGGAAGCAGAGCCCAGUUCAAACAAGCCCCCGGGGAAAAAGGCCUGCUGGUUUGAAAGGGGAAGGUGGAGGUCAGCGGAUGGUGAUGACCGUGUUUGCGGGAGCUGCAGCGGAGUUAACGAGACGAAUCACAUCAGCGGUGCAAAGUCCAACCGCAAGAGGGCGCUGAGGAGCAGGACGGAGCCCAGGCCAACCGGGCUGCACGGAACCAUUUUGGGUCCAAUAAUAUUCCUCCCAUUUAAAAAACAAACCUCUGCAUUGAAGUGAUUGCGUUCAAUAAACAUGUACCUGUGAAAUGUGA